CCGGAGUGUAUAUAUGUGAAGGGUGAGCCCAACAUUCCACCAACCCACAACUAUCAGAUUCAAUUGCUGCCUGCACAUCUACACUUCCUGAGGUCCAGUACAAUCAUCCUUGGAAGGAGAAUCAAGUGCUUCAAAACUUCAGCCGCAGAGGAUUCAUAUCAACUUUACAAUUUCAGCGGAAAUUCGGAGUCACCUUUCAGUUUUGUACGUCGACCUGCACAAUUCGACGCAAAACGAGCGCAUCGAUCAAGCAUUCUCACGAUGGGCUCGUUUCCGCCUUUGCGUUUACUGAGUAUGUUGGGAAUGAUUCUACUGGCGACAACCACGGACGCUCACUCCUACAGUGGUGCUGAUUACUACAAGGACUCAUGCCCGCAAGCAACGACCAUAGUGACGGACAUGGUCAACAACUUUCUCAAGGCAAACAAAAACCUGGCGGGGGGAUUCCUUCGACUGCAUUUUCACGAUUGCUUCGUGAGGGGCUGCGAUGCUUCCGUUCUCCUAAAUUCGCCAACCAACACGGCUGAGAAGGAUGCACGACCCAAUGCUGGAUCGCUACGAGGAUUUCACGAAAUCGACCAAAUCAAAGCAGCGCUGGAGGCCGAAUGCCCUGGAAUUGUAUCAUGCGCCGAUAUUCUCGCCCUGGCUGCUCGUGAUGCCACAGUCAAGGUUGGAGGUCAGAGCUGGUCACUGGAUCUCGGUCGCAAAGAUGGCAAAGUUUCGAUUUCCUCCGAGGCGGAUGACAAGCUUCCAUCACCAUUCUCGACUUACGACGAACUCGUAAAGAACUUCGGGGAUGUGGGAUUCACGCAGGAGGAAAUGGUCAUUCUCUCCGGAGGCCACACCAUCGGCCGAUCAUCAUGCGGAGCAGUUCAGUCUCGUCUCUAUAACUUCAACGGAGUUGCCGGACUCACCGAUCCAUCGAUCGACGCCUCUUUAGCGAAACAGCUCAAGAAGAAGUGCCCAGAGAACGAACCUGGAAGCACGCUAUCCAUGGAUUCCACCAAGAACACCUUCGACCAUCUGUACUUCAAGGCAGUCUUGAACAACAAAGGUCUCUUCCAGUCAGAUGCAAACUUAUUGACGAAUCCAGUGGGAAAGGAGCUUGUGACUCGAUACUCGAAGGCCGGCUCUUCGUUCUCCAGUGACUUCGCAGCAGCCAUGACGAAGAUGAGCAACAUCCAAUGGGCCGCUGACGGCGAGGUUCGCAGAAUCUGUUCAAUCAUCAACCAAUAACGAAUGCUUGAUUCGCAGAUUGUCAUGAAUUAGGCAAAUCAAGAAGUUACAAUGUAGACGCGGUGCUGGCGGCGGCAAUUAGAAACGAAGCCUCAUUUUUGAAAAGCACAAAUGAUCAUAGAUUCCUCUUCCGAGUAUAAUUGUUGUCAAAAACUUGGAAAGCAGAGGCUCUGAGUUUUAGGUAGUCGAGAGGAUGUACAGAAUUCAUUCAUUUGCUGAACCUUCUCCAUCAUAGAGAGGUGCAACAUGGCAUACUAUAUAUUGAAGAUGAUUGUAUAAAAAAAAUUACAAAACAUCAUUUUAUAGGGAGUCAUAUGUAAUCUUGUCUCAAAACUCUAUCAUUUGCUCAUACAUAACGUAAUCCCCAACUGU